AUGGCGCCCCCCGACCUCGCCGACACAACCAUCUUCCCCACCUUCGCCGACUGCCCGGAGCCCUCCCCCUCCUCCCCCACCCCAACCCAACCCUGGUACCUCCUCGGCCAAAUCACCCACGACAUGACAAUCACCAAGCCCACCCUCGUCCUGGCGGACCGCUCGGGCGCGCCCUUCGCCCUCGUCUUCGACGGCCACGGCCACGGCCACGGGCGCCUGCCCGAGUCGGCGCCCCCGGAGGCGAGGGGCCUCGACCUGCGCGCCAGGGGCCUCCGCAGGGGGGCGACGGCCGUCGUACCCAUGGCCGAGCGGACGCCGCCCGCGGCGGAAGGGGGUGGUGGUAGGGGGUUUGUGCGCGUGCCGGCCGGGGCGGAGGACGUGGUUGGGGCUGUGCCGGGCCCGUUGGAGAGGGUGGUGGAUGUUGCGGGAAGGAUGAGGGCGGGGGAUGCGGGGGAGAGGUGUGGGAGGUGUGGUGGGGAGGGGGAGGGGGGAGGGGAGGGAGGGAAGGUGGUGCUGAGGAGGUGUACGGGGUGUGGGGAGGUGAGGUAUUGUUCUAAGGACUGUCAAGUUGAGGACUGGAAUGCCGGCGGCCAUAAGGGGGACUGUAAGAUUUUCAAAGCUCUCAAUGACAUAUGGAAGUGAAACUUGGGGGUCAUAUCCGGGCUCUACUGUAAUUCCCUUGAAAUCAUUAUUCUGCGAUUUCCAUCUGAUUCUAGUCAGGACCCAACCUUAUCGGAGCUGCCUAGCCGGAGGGUGGUGGCAUGAUGCGGGGUCCGGAGUUCAUUUGCCGGACCUUACGGAUCCCGCCAAGGUGACUUGGCGGUCCUGCGACCAGGUCCUCAUCCGAUAUCUAUAGAUAGCCGGUCGUGGCAAAAUGCCUUCCGAGGUACCUAGUGCUAAAAUCCCAUUGCAGGGGAAGUAUAUAUCUUCUUCACUGCUCCUUCUAGCUUUGGACCUUCCCUGUUUAUUUACUC